CUCCAGAAGGUUCUCCACUGAAUGUCGCAGUGACUGCAGAAAGUUCAUCAUCAUUAUCUGUCACGUGGGAACCUCCUGAAAAAGACAAAAGAAAUGGAAUUAUCGUCAAUUAUACUGUGUGUAUCUCACAUGAAGAAAGUAAACCUUGCUUUGAAGAGCAAAAUACAAAGGAUAUGAUGUUAGUUAUCGCAAGUUUGAUUGACUCAACCAAAUAUUAUGUUCGUGUCCUUGCAAGUACUAAAGUUGGUCGUGGACCCUACAGUGAAAGUAGAGGAAAAUUUACCAAUGGAAGUAAGUGUCGCCUUGCGUUCAGACGUAAAUGCAAUCUUUAUAAACAUGAGGCUUGUAGUUUUAUCAUGAUGUUUAAACAAACGUACAUAUUUUCUUGCAGAACAACCAGAGGUGUCCACAAAUGGAACAGCAUAUACACUGACUUUCACCUUGCAGAUUCCUUCACGAAAUUUCACGUAAGUUCAAAACGUUUGAAAAACCACACAGAAAUAUUGCAUCUCGCAAUAACGACCUGCACAUGACGUUAAGGCUGUUCUGUGAAUUUACCUUGCGUAUUUUAUCACAUAGAAAUUUGUUUGUAGGCGCUUUUACGUCGUGGCUUUGGAAUUAAAAGACGGACAGCAAGGUCGAUCUCCGGCAAGUUAUGACAACAAUGAGUUAGUAACGUACACUGAGGCAGAAAAAUCAACCGACCCGAAACCUUAUAUCGCUGCAGUAGUAACAUCAAAGAAUGAAAACAUGUUUACACUUGGUGAUGGCAGAAAUACAAGUAAUCCAACAUCACGAAGACGAAGAUCAACAUCGAGUGAUUAUUAUAAUGGUCCAUUGGAGCCUGAUACUAGUUACAGUAUUUUUCAAAGGAUUUUUAUCAAUGACAAGGUAUGGUAUUUGUCAAGAGACUUGGUAUUUGUGGGGAAAAAGUCUAACCUUAGCCAGGGUAACAUACUUAAAUUAUCAAGGCACCUAUAAAGCAGAAAGGUUUAUAAGCACUUUGACACAGACGCCAAGCAUAGUAGAAACAAAAUUUCGUCCGCAUAAUUCGGAGAACAAGUGCUGACGUCCAUGUGUAUCUAUAACUUGACAGAAAUAUUUUCUUUCACUUUCUUUACUUUAGGGCGAUUAUUACUCCACAGACUGGAGCUCUGCUUCAAAAACGAACGAAUAUACAGGUAAAUAG